UGCCCGUCACGACUUGCACCCGGACGAUUUAAAGCGACGCGCUGUCAAGUUUUGUUUGUUGGAUGAGUCACGUGUUCUUUCUGUCGGCGGGGGCGCGCAGCGGCUCAGAGACUCCAGUCUCCAUUCAAAAUCACACGAGCACUUACUGAAGACAGUUGCACACCAGAAAGUCUUUUGUUUCAGUAUAAUAAUUGCAAAAAUUCUCCUGAAUAAUGACAGAGGCAGACCGUUAGAGUAUAGUAUAGCGCUAUUACAUAAUUAAUAAGAGAAUUGUUACUUAAGCCCCGCCCAUCUCCGAACUCACGUGUGUUCAGCGGCGGAAUGCUACUCUGCGGGUGCGUCGCUGAAAUAGUUCCGGGUGUGUUUGUGGGUGAAAGGUCGCGGUCGAGACAGAAGAGACACUGGAAGCAGCGCUGAAAACACCCGUCUGUCUGUCUGUCAUUGUGAGAUUGUCGGACAGACGCGCUCAAUCAGCCGGAUUCGUGUGCGAUCGGACCGGAACCGGACAGGAAUCAUGUCGAAGCAGCCGCAGCCGAUCAGUCCGCUGAAGAACUUCUUCGCCGGCGGGUUCGGGGGAGUGUGUUUAGUGUUCGCCGGACACCCGCUCGACACCAUCAAAGUGCGACUGCAGACGCAGCCCAAACCCGGUCCGGGCGAGUCUCCGCUCUACCGAGGGACGUUCGACUGCUUCAAGAAAACGUUGGCGAAAGAGGGCGUUCGGGGUCUGUAUAAGGGCAUGGCGGCGCCCAUCAUCGGAGUCACGCCCAUGUUCGCCGUCUGCUUCUUCGGCUUCGGACUCGGCAAGAAACUGCAGCAGAAAACGCCAAACGACAUCCUGACAUAUCCACAGCUGUUUGCGGCCGGGAUGCUGUCGGGUGUGUUCACUACGGCCAUCAUGGCUCCGGGGGAGAGAAUCAAGUGUCUGCUGCAGAUCCAGGCGGCGUCGGGCCAGGUGAAGUACGCGGGGCCGAUGGACUGCGCCAAGCAGCUGUACAGAGAGAACGGCAUCCGCGGCAUCUAUAAAGGAACGGCUCUGACGCUCAUGAGAGAUGUGCCGGCGAGCGGGAUGUACUUCAUGACGUACGAGUGGCUGAAGAAGGCGCUCACGCCGGAGGGCAAGAGGAUGAGCGUGGAGGUUCCGGCGGGUCUGAGCGAGCUGCUGAAGGGCUACACGCUGGAGGUGCUGCGGCGGAGGCCCGCGGACCUGCUGGAGUUCGCCGUGCAGUACUUCACCUGUCUGCGGGAGCAGCGCGGCUCCACCCGCGCCAGCAGCAGCCGCUCACCGGUGACCCGCGGCGUGGCCUUCGACCAGGACUCCGCGCAAACCGACUCCAGCGACCAAGAGGAGGAGGAAGAAGAAGAGAAGAAGGAAGAACAAAGACAAGAAGAAGACGAAGAGGAGGAGGAGGAGGAGGAUGACUUUCCAGAUGAUUUUACAUUCAAAGCUCCUCCACCCAGUAAAUGCAACAGACGUGUAUCAGUGUGUGCGGAGGCGUAUAACCCUGACGAAGAUGAAGACGAGGGCAGCGAGUCGAGGGUCGUUCACCCCAAAACCGACGAGCAGCGUCAGCGACUACAGGAGGCCUGCAGGGACAUACUGCUGUUCAAAACCCUCGAGAAGGAUCAGUUCGCGGAGGUGUUAGACAGCAUGUUCGAGGUGCUGGUCAAACCCAACGAGUGCAUCAUCAAUCAGGGCGAUGACGGAGAUAAUUUCUACGUCAUUGAGAGGGGCGUGUUUGAUAUCGUGAUUCAGAAGGACGGCGUGAGCCGCUGUGUGGGCUGCUACGAUAAUAAAGGCAGCUUCGGCGAACUGGCCCUCAUGUACAACACGCCGCGCGCCGCCACCAUCAGGGCCAAUCAGGAGGGGGCGCUGUGGGCGCUGGACAGAGCCACUUUCCACAGACUCAUCGUGAAAAAUAACGCCAAGAAGAGGAAGAUGUACGAGUGUUUCAUCGAGAGCGUCCCGCUGCUCAAGUCACUGCAGUUGUCGGAGCGCAUGAAGAUCGUUGACGUGGUCGGGAUGAAGACGUUCGGCGACGGCGAGCGGAUCAUUCGGCAGGGCGAUUCGGCCGACUGCUUCUACAUCGUGGAGUCUGGAGAGGUCAGGAUCAUGAUCAGGAGCAAAACUCGGGCGGGUCAGAGGUCGCAGGAGGAGGUGGAGGUGGCGCGCUGCUCCAGGGGUCAGUACUUCGGCGAACUGGCGCUGGUCACCAAUAAACCGCGAGCGGCGUCCGUGUACGCGGCGGGAGAGACCAAGUGUUUAGUGAUCGACGUGCAGGCGUUCGAGCGUCUUCUGGGUUCCUGCAAGGAGAUUCUGAAGAGGAACAUCCAGCAGUACGAGCAGCAGCUGGUGGCCGUGUUCGGAUCCAGCGUCGACCUCAAACACUGAAACCUGCAGCCAAAUCCUCACGUAGAAACAGAAGUCACCGCACUUUACAGAAAAUCAUCUGCUCAAUGUUACUGACAGCAACAAACACGGCCUUCACAAAAACACAACCAGAAAGAGACGAGAUCACCCACACCUUCUCAUGAAACAAUAUUGAACAGAAUUAGAAAAACACCCGACACGGAAAACGAACACAGCGCUUCUGUAAAGUUAUUUUCUGCAGAAAAAGACUUGAGGUGCGUUACGACAGCGUUUUAGUGCCACGUUAAAAAGUCUAAGAUCACGAGAUCAAAGUCGUAGUAUUUUGAGAAUAAAGUCAAAGUAUUUAGAGAUUAAAGUUGAAAUACGAGAAAAAAACGUUGAAAUACUUUCAUAAUAAAGUCAAAAUAUUACGAGAAUAAGAUAGAAAUUCUACAAGUCAAAAUACCACAAGAGAAAAGUAAAAAUACUAUAGGAAUAAAGUCUAAAUGUUACGAGGAUAAAGUCGAAAUACUAUGAGAAAAAGUAAAAAUACAACAAGAAUACAUUUGAAGUAUUACCAGAACAAAGUCGAAAUAUUACGAGAAUAAAGUUGAAAUACUACAAGAAAAAAAAAAAAAGUCAAAA